UUCAAUUGUUCGCACUGGCCCGCUGCAGACCGUCACUCAUCGCCCCACUUGGCCACCCCCGCCAGUCCGCCUUUUGCUCUUCAACCGGCACCGGCUUAACUGAGCGCGGCUGUCCACCCCUUCUAAAUGUAAAACCCGAAAUCUAUUCUAAAUUCUAAUUCUUCAAAUCUGUUUCCAGGGCCCAGGCUGUUUCAACACUUUAGCCAACCCAAUAUUUGUUGUUCCCUUGGUUUUCAAAAGAUGCUUUGAACCCUAAUUUUCUUUAGAGAUUUUCAAUCUUGAACUGAUGAGGAAAAAUCUCAUUUCAUGGGCCUUUUCUUGGUUUAGAUCUGCUUUCUGAUUGGGACUUUUGAGUAAUUAGUUUUUGAUUCGGCUGUUCAAAUACUUGCAGAUAGCCCAGAUUGAUGCAGGUUGAAUUAAAGAAUACUGAAUGGAGAAGGAGAAAAGGCAGCGGAAUUUAAAUUCUUCGGAAACCAAAAUCAACAUGGUUUUAUGUAUACCAACAGCAAAGGUAUUUGUAUUGCACCUGAUUUGUGGGCUAGGUUUAGCUUCAGCUUUCUGGGCAGCUCAAAAUUUCUAUUCGAUUAAUCUCGUUUCAAAUCCAGCUGAAACUCUACAUCUAAUUUGGAUUGUUGAAGCUUCAGUUGUGAUCCUAUUGUAUAGUCUGUUUCGGCACAAUCCGGAUAAAUGUUCAUAUUUUAAAGCUGUAGGUAGAGCUUUGGUGGGACUUCCUGCAGGGGCAAUUGUGAAUGCACUUGGAGCUAUUGUAUUGGGGGCACCUGUUGGCCUUCAGCACUUCCGAAAGACUGUUCAUUGGUCUCUCCUAAUGUCCGUUCUUACAUUCGUCCCUGCAGCUUCUGUUUUUGGCUCUUCAUGGACUGAUUGGCAUAGAAUAUUUGCUCAGACAAAGCCUAUUGGAGCUGUAGAUUAUAUGAUCUGCUUUCCUGCACAUGGAGCUGCUAUAGGAGCUUGGUUUGGUGCAUGGCCUAUGCCUCUUGAUUGGGAAAGGCCCUGGCAGGAAUGGCCAAUUUGUGUGACUUAUGGAGCUAUUCUUGGCUACUUGUCUGGAAUGAUGACAUCGUUUGGAUUUGUUGUCUUCAAAAACUGGCGACGGCGUGUGAAAGCAGACUAGUUUUUGACUAAUUUUCCUAGAGUAACCAUGUGGAGUACUCUAGUGUGCUUUAAACUUACAAAGUUCUCGGACCAGAUUUAUCGUGUUGAUCUUGUCAUGAAGAUAGCUUUACACCCCUCGAUGAGUACCAAUGUUCACCUUUGUGAAUUUGAAACAGGUGCAAGUUUUUAUAAACUUCCAGAACACCAGUUUUUGCAUUGACUCACAAGAAUAUUUUGAGAAAUGGAUCAAGCAUAUUGUAAUUAAUUAAUGUCGUGGAGGCAAAUCUUGUAUUAUUGUUGAU